AUGCUAUAUCAAGUUUCAACAGUCGACGUGGACGCAGUUCUUGGGCGGACGGCAUCGCUGCCUUGUGACGUCACGCCCGACGCGACCGAGGACCGGGUCUACAUGGUGCUAUGGUUCAGGAAGAGUGGGGGCAAACCUAUUUACAGUUUCGACGUCCGAGGCAGGUCAUUCAACAAGGCGCUCCAAUGGUCGGACCCCGGCGCCUUUGGGCCUCGGGCGUACUUCGCAACUGUGGCCAGGCCUGCUGCCCUCACCCUCAGCUCCGUACAACUAGACGACGAAGGGGUCUACCGAUGCCGCGUCGACUUCAAAAACUCGCCUACAAGGAACUUCCAGAUUCGACUGACUGUUAUAGUGCCACCACACCAAAUGCUGCUGUAUGACAAGUCCGGGGCGGACGUCUCUGGUGUAGUCGGGCCCUUAGAAGAAGGAGCUGCGUUGGUGCUUGUUUGUGAAGUAAGAGGAGGUCGUCCAGAACCAGUGGUGACGUGGCUCAUCAACGGCACUCCAGCUCCUCAGUACAUCGGCGUCAAAACUGACACCCAUGUGGUGGUGAACCGGCUGGAGCUUCAGCAGUUGAAGAGAGAAGACCUGAACACCACGUUCAAGUGUCGCGCUGCUAAUACAGUGCUAGUGCCCCCGCAGGAGAAGAUAGUGAGGCUGGAGAUGAACUGUGAGUGAAUUUUAAUUUGUUAGUACAGACGACAGCACAUCAGGCUUAACACUGGCAUCUUAAGUAGUUGUGAUAAGGACUAUAUUGCAAUAAAAAUGUACAGCUUGAUGAGCUGUCGUCCAUACUAUGUUUUGUGGCUGCAUACAGUCGCCUCCUUGGUCGCGAGACACUGGCCACCAAGAAAAUGUA